AUGCGGUUUUCAAAAGAUGAAACCGGAGGGUCGCUCGACCAAAUGAACGUCUCCGACCUUUGGAAGUGCGCCCUCAAGAAGAUUAAGGAAAAUGAACCUUUACAAGAAGUGCAUGUCGUGCCCGCAAGGUUCGAGGAGAAGUUCAAGGUGCAGACAGUGCGUCGAGGUGAAGGUGCCACGCUACAGUGUACGGCCCUUGGAGACACGCCAUUGGAAAUCUCCUGGUCUCAAGAGAAGAAGCCUCUAGCAUUCGCUCCAGUUACAAGGUACGAGAAAUUCGAGUCCUCCACGGAGCAGGGGGUGAGCUCGGAGCUGUUGAUCCCGACGACGGAUCGGAGCGACGCGGCCCUGUACACCUGCGUCGCCAAGAACGAGUACGGCUCCGACGAGAGGAACAUCAAGCUGCUCGUCGUAGAAGUUCCAGCUCAGCCCCUUGACCUUCGUAUCCUGGAAGUCUGGAACCGAAAGGUGAACGUGAUGUGGUCCGAGCCGUACAGCGGCAACAGCCCCGUCACAAACUACGUGGUCCACUACUGGAGGGACAAAGAAGGCCCCCACCGCCUUCACGAGGAAACGGUGUCCAGCACCCAGACAUCGGCCGUGAUCGCAGAACUGCAUCCGGGUACGUCUUACUCCAUGACCAUUACGGCAGAGAACGAGGUUGGACAAGGACCGCCGUCCGAUCCCAUCAGGUUCCAGACGUCCGAGGAAGAACCGGGUGGAUCUCCGACAGACGUCUGGGCAGCGGCUAAAGGACCCACAUCUGUUGCAGUGUCGUGGAAGCCCCCUCCCCGAGACACCUGGAACGGCGAGCUCAAGGGCUACUACAUCGGGUACCGGUCAGCCGAAUCCAACCAGCCGUACUCGUUCAAGACAGUCGAGACGGUGACCAACGACACGCAGGAGGUCACCCUGGUCGGCCUCUCCAAGUCGUCCCGGUACAGCGUCAUCGUGAGGGCGUACAACGCCAUCGGCAAGGGACCCCCCUCCGAAGCACUCGUCGUGCGGACACUCGACGGCGACGUGCCACCACCUCCAGCCCUAUCGCUAAUCUCCAGCUCCGAUUCGGCGUUCAAGAUAAGGUGGGCCCACGCAAGAGCAACCGCAGCUCCAAUCACAGGGUACACCCUUCACUACAAGAAGGGCAGCGGACCGUGGCACCACAUUCCCGUGGUGGCUUCUGAUGACACGAGCUACACGCUCACCGACCUGGACGGAGGCGCCACCUACCGGGUUUACCUGACGGCUUCCAAUCAGUACGGACGUGGAUCUGGAAGUGAAGCCAUCAUCAUCAACACCGUCGGGCAAGGGUCGGACAAGCCGUGGGUCUUCUACAAGGACCCGUCCCUGCUGGUGCCCGUUGCUUCGUUCCUGGUGGCCCUGCUCGUCGUCAUCGGGGUGGUCAGCGUGUGCAUCAAGAAGACCAAGGCCCACAAGAACCUGGAGAGAUCGGCCCUGGAAGCGGAGAAGAGGCAAAGCUACGCGGGGGACGCUCAGCAGCGCUACAUCGACGUGCAGGAGAAGCGAGGUCGGUCAGACUACGCCACCAUCCAGAGCCGGAGGAGUCUCUCCGGAACGUACAAGCUGGAGGAACUCCGAGGAGCCGUUCCUCAGAGAGGAUGCAACACCACCGAGGCUAAAGACCGGCGACGGUCGUCUCUACGCAAAAGCAGCGCCUCGUCCCACCUCUACGACAGCGCGGCAUAACAGGGGACCGGGGGUGCCUCGCCGCCCAGGGGUGGAUCGAGGGCGCACACAUAUCGAGUGACUACAUCUCCGGAGCAGCCAUUCGGGGCUCGACAGCAAGAGUGAAAAGUAUUUAAGAUGGCCCUCACGCGAAGACUGCGACUCGGGCUUGGCAAAUGGCACUUACCUCGUAAAGUACUAGGGUUCUCACUUUGUACAGGGAAGCGUGCUAACUCAUCGACUGUCAUCGAUUAUUCGGUCAAGAAUAGUUUAAAACGCCUGUUUUGCAGGAAUACGAGGUGCCCGUUUGGGUUGUUACUUAUGUGACGUGGUUGAAUUACGCUUCUCCUGGCGCAAAAGAAUUGGUUAUAACUACAGAGUACAAAACAGCCACAGAGUAUGACAAAAUAAGACAAAACUUCAUAAAGUUCAUUCCAGCAAUUAAUUCAGCUUACUUUUCUUUUUCUUUUGCUUUGAAACCAACGAUGUAGGUAUACUUUCGGAUUUUAUCGGAAUGAGAAGUUCUCCUAAUUGAACUUACCUCGAAGGAAAUUAGCUUUUUCUUUUUUCUCUCUCUUCUUUCUAGGAUAAUAGCACGCGCAUUUUCCGCCACGCAAUUUCCCGCCUUACCUUUUUUCUUCGUAGGGAUGGAGAAGAACUACAGAAGAAAAAAAAAAUGAAAAGGCAUGACCCCAAAAACAGUUGACCACCGCACGCAGUUUUACAAUACUCCUUAAGAGAUUAAGCAAGGGAGAUAUCUCUUUCCUUUUCAAAUGUUAUUUUUUGUUAUUUAUUUAUUGAACCUGUUUACUGUUCAUUGUUCAUAAAAUAUGUUUUAUUGAUACACUUCUUUAUUUAUUAAUAAUUGUUUACAAACUCGCUUUAUCGUAACUUAAUUAAAAGUGAUAUUUACAUGUCGCCCUUCGCGAUCUAAUUACUGCGGCAUAUAAAUAUAAAAUCGGCAUACCCUAGUUCGAUUCCUUCUUUUUUAUUUUUCUGUUUGUUUUGUUCUUCGUUUGCUGGAGUGUCAUGAAUCAUGCAAAUCAUUUCAUUCUUGCUCUAUUUCAAACGACUCCUGAAAAGAUGGAAAGAGAUCAUUAAGCCGCAUACUGAUGCUAUCGGAAAAAAAAAAAAAAAAAUUUCUUCUAGUCGCGAAAUGUGUUGACCCGGCUCUUAAGAGACCAGUCAGACUGGCAGGGCAAGUAUACUUCGAAGUACGCAGAAAUCCGCAUGGCUGACCGUGGCCGGAUUUUUCUUUCAACCCGUCGCGAAUCGCGUCCAAUGCGCCGAGUUCCAGAAGGCCCGGCUGACGUCAACCGCUCAACCUCGCGUCUGUUUAUUGUUACUUACCUAAACUAUAUUUCAAGUCGCUCCCUCGUUGAAACCGGUCGUUUAUUCAUUUUUGUUCUUUUAUAUAGUGGCAUUAGUGUAAGACGAAGUAUGAUGUGAUAGCUGUUCUCGUGUUGCAUAUUUAUGGCUCAGCCGAACUAACUAUAAGUACACACCAGAGACCACGCAGGAGCGGUAACGAACGUGCUAGAGACAGAAAUAAAACCUGAAGUAGCGACGUAUCUUAAUGAUUCGUCGCAACACAACACCGUGUGCUGAUCGAGCCGCCCAUACAGUACAGACACUCCGCUAAGAGGACGGGAGACUGAUUUUAUAAAACACAGAAAGAAAAUACACAGUCAUAGGGUUGAUAUGGCAAAGGUAGACAAGCUACUCUUCUAGUCUCUUAUCGAGCUCGAGGGGUAUGACAGAAAAUCGCUAUGAUUUCUCCGGAUGCGUUGAUGUUGGACAAAGUAGCCGGGCAUGUGCUCAAUACUUGCUCUCGGACAGCGGAGUUUGAUACGUGUCGCAAUCGUCAUUACCAUUAUCUCUUCAUAUUAUUUCAUGCGUGUUGUAGUGUUACCCCAAUUGCGCCUAAGUCGUUUUAUUUUUUCUACCAAGAAAGUGACUGUUUAUGAUUGCUGCGUACCUAUGACGAGUUCUUAAAAAUCGCAACAAAACAGCAAGCUUACAAGGAAUCUUUAAGAAAGAUACAGGGAGUAUCCUGUACUACUCAAAUUAUCAAUCACUCGACUGUGAUUUGUAUUACCAAACCGAUGCAUUAGCAACGACUCGCCUAUGGCCGGCGGGGAAACCAGAAAAAAAAAAAAAAAAACUAAACCAGAAAUGCGAUUCGUGGUUGUAAACUUGGACAGCAUGCGACUCGCAGAUCCAAAUUAUUUUCAAGAGUCGUCCCAUCUUCAGCGACUUGGAAUGAAUUUCAAAUGACCGAAUUAUUUGUGGUGCCAAAUUUACACACUACAACGAUGUCGCUCCUCUUCCUC